AAUGACAAAUCAUACAUGUAAACAAACUUCGACGGAUUUUCAAACCCGAUGGUCAUCGAAACGUUCCAAAACUCCCAACUACUCUGCUACUGACAUGGACGUGUUGGAUACCUACUACAACAAGGAUGAAUACGUCGAAACGGCCUCCGGAAACAAAGUCAGCCGACAGACCAUACUUUGUGGGUCUCAAAAUAUAGUCCUGCAUGGUAAAGUGAUUGUCCAAAGUGGAGCUAUAAUUCGCGGUGAUCUGGCCGCUGUUAGAACUGGCCGAUACUGUGUGAUAUCGAAAGGAUCAGUUGUGCGACCACCAUACAAACAGUUCAGCAAAGGUGUAGCAUUCUUUCCGCUACAGAUCGGAGAUCAUGUCUUUAUUGGCGAGGGGGCUAUUGUUUCUGCUGCCUCCAUAGGGUCGUACGUUUACAUUGGCAAGGAUGCUGUCGUCGGUCGUAGGUGCGUUCUUAAGGAUAAUUGCAUUAUCGAGGAUGGAGCCAUUUUGCCUCCGGAAACGACACUGGCAAGCUACAUGCGAUAUACGGCCGAGGGUAAAAUUGAAGGAGGUCAAGGAAAUCCCGAUUUCGUUCCACAUUCAAUGCAAGAUUUGAUGGUCGAGUACACUAAAUCGUAUUAUGAACAUUUCAUUCCGGCGUCCGGUGCUUAGAAUUACUAAUGCUUUUACUUCUAACCAGUAUCUUAUUUAUCAAAAAAAACAUUGAUUACAUCGUA